AUGGACACGGCAUCUAUUACGCCAGCCAUGAAGUCUACUACUCCCAUAGACAAGAAUGCCACGAAGCCCACUACUCCUACUGACAAGAGUACUCAACGAACCAGACAAGCCGCCAAGACAUCUGCGUCUACUGCUAAGCCCAUCAAGCCAAGUGCCGAGCAGUCAGUAAGUUCGAAGCCUGCAAAGAUCGCCAGAAAGAGGCCAGCGACUAAUGCGGACACAACCUCGACGACCUCCGCCCCAAAACGUCAACGAAAUUCGUCUUCGUCUUCGUCAUCGUCAUCUUCGUCGACAGAAGAAGCCGGCGAUAUUCCACCUAAGAAAGGACGAGCUUCUGGGACCAUUCUGAAGGAACUCUUAUUGCAAGGAUCCCGAACUCUGCACCUUGCCGCGAGCAAAGUAGACCAGCUCGCCCCUGCGGUAACGACAGCUCCCUGUCCGCAGACAACUGAGCGUCUCCAGCGUAUCGAAGAUCUGGUCAGAGCCUAUCAUUUGGAGAACAUGAAGAGGCACAAGACAACCGAAGGAAAGCUGGACACGCUGAGUCUGAAACUAAACAUACUCACGGAUCGUUUCGAAAAAAUGGAGAAAGAGAUCAAAGAGAGAAUGAACACAGCCAGCCUUGAAAAAGAGCACGCGACAAGUGAAAAUCAUUGGAAUGAUCUUCGUGAUAACCUCAAGGAACUGCGAGGCGCAGUGGACAAUAUCAAUAUCUCACAGCUCUCCCUCGACAUUCGUGCUCUUCAGGGACGCGUCGAAGAGUUUGGCUCUCGCCUCUCAGAGGGCAACACAGUAACGACAAGUGCCCCCGCGGAGCCCACCCCAGAGGUGGAACGCAUCAGACGUCAGAUGAGCGAGACGGAGAAAGAACUGAAGGAAGUCCGUGAUUCCAUGCUUGAGGUCAACAGAGACAUCGAGAAGGAGUGGCGGAAAGAGGGGGGCAGAGUCAGCUCCACUAAAGAGAUGGACGAAUUGAAGGAGAGAAGGAAAAGAUAUCAGUCAAGGGAAUCAAGGCUGGAAAGGGAAAUGCGAGACUUGCAGCUGAGGAGUCAAUCGUAG